GUGAAGAACACCUUCAUUGACGUGGUGGACUCCGAUGACGAGCGGCCCGUCUUUGGCGCCGUCGUCAGCUGCCCGGUGAAGCGAUCUGAGGAGGAGCUGUACGAGCCAGGUGACCUGCCCGAAAUCGCCGGACCGCGCUCUGCGCCGCCACCGCUGCCCAGGCACCCGGAAGGCCGAGCCUUGCAGCACCCGUGCCUUCUGACGAGCCCACGCCGAGAGGACAGGCGCAAGGUCAAGGUCAGUGCCCAGGAGGACACCAGGCCCAGGAGGAGGAAUCUUCAAGCUCUAUCGCACUACAGAAG